AAACCUGUAAUAAGAUCACAGGCACAUAGGUUCAUUGAACAGUUCAGGUUGGGGAGACUUCAGAAGAUCUGGCAUGAGAGCUGGAACUAGAUGAUCUUUAAUGUCCCUUCCAGCCCAAACCAAGAUAUGAUUCUGUGAUCUGUAGUCCAAGGUCCUGCUCAAAGCUGUGAGGUCAGACAAAACUGCUCAUGGAUUUAUCCAUUGGGAUCUUGAAAACUUCUAAAGAUGGAGAUGUACAACGCCUCUGGGUAACCUGCUCUGAUGCUUGACAGUCCUCAUGGGGAAACAUUUCUUGUCGUGUCCAGUCUAAACCUCCCUUGUUUCAACUUACACCUCUUGUCUUUCAUCCUUCUGUCAUUCACUGAUGUGAAAAGCCUGCCGCGACCUUCUUGAUAGCCUCCUUGUAGGCAGAGGAAGGCUGCUGCUGAGUCCUUGCAAAGCCUUCUCCAGGCUGAAUAAGCCUCUUUCCUUGAUCUCUUUUCCUGGUGUAUUGCUCCAACCCCCAUCCAUCUCAGUGGCCUUCUGCUGGCCUCUUUCCUUGGUCUCUUACCCUAGGACAUUGCUCCAACUCCCAUACAUCCCAGUGUCUUUCUGCUGAACUCACUAGAGUAGACAUCUGCUAGAUUUCUGUAAAGGCCUCAGUUGCCUCAUACUCUUGAUCCCUGUGUAAAAACCCCACCAUAUCCUCCGUGCCCCUCCCCUCUGAUUCAGACCCAGAGACUUCCUGUGGAUGCCUUAGUGCUUCUGAACCUGCAGCUUCUUGUGCCUUGGCUUGCAUUUGCCUGUUAUUAAUGAAAGUCACAGGCACCACACAAGUGCAGUUUUGCUCAUUUAUUCCCCAGCGCCUGAUAGUAAGGUAGAUUAUAAAAAGAGCAACAACUUGGAUGUGAAUUCCCCUAAAAAUCUACCUUACACUGGUGGCCAUCUUCUGAGUUGAGAGUAGCAGUGUUUAGGUGCCCGAUUCUCUGUUAUAUUUUGCAUUUCCAAUGUUGAUUUCUUAACUAAGAAGUCAGAGUUAAACUUUCACCAUUUUUGUGUCCUUUGAUCUCCAGUUAUCAUGAAAAAGAAGCCACGUGCUUAGCAGCUUAGUCUUGGUUGGGAUGACUGUAGAAAAAGCAUUUGCUCACUCCAUAGAGCAUCUCAACCUGUGGAAUUUGGGGACAAUUGUAAAACAGUAGCACUCACCAGGAAUGUUUUCACUUUCAUUUCAAGAACAUUUUUUCUUUUAAAGAAAAACUGUCCCUUCUUUUCUUUCAUUUUAUAGUUUAAUGGAUAAACAAGGGUCUAGUUUUAUGUGCCACUAUGGUAAUUAGUGUCCUAAACAGCAUGGGGGCAUCUUCAUAGACUGGUGGGAUGGUAGAGGGUUGUGGCAGUUGUCAUUACCCACUUCUACAUUCAGUGGAGAGUCCAACUAUUUGGAGUUUCUGUUGUUCAUUUCUUUUAGGUAUAGGUCAUGUGAGAGCUGAGCUGGGAUGGAGCAUGACUCACAUACCACGUGGGAAUUAAAUGGCUCCUUCUAUCAGCCUUCAGCUUUCCUCAUGAUGGGCAUCCCAGGCCUGGAAGCCCUUCACCACUGGAUCUCCAUCCCUUUCUGUGCACUGUACCUUAUUGCUCUCCUGGGAAACUGCAUGAUCCUCUUCAUCAUAAAGAAGACCCAAAGUCUUCAUGAACCAAUGUACUACUUCCUUUCCAUGCUGUCAGUCACUGACCUGGGUUUGGUUCUAUGUACGCUGCCUACUACUCUGGGCAUUUUUUGGUUUAAUAUGCGAAGGAUUGGUUUUGAUGCUUGCCUCACUCAAAUGUAUUUCAUCCACAUACUGUCCUUCAUUGAAUCCUCUGUGCUCCUGGCAAUGGCAUUUGACCGAUUCAUUGCCAUCUCCCAUCCACUGAGACAUCCAUCCAUACUGACAAAGACGACUGUCAUAAAAAUAGGUUUGGCAAUUAUAAUGAGGGGUAUGGUCUCCCUCCUUCCCAUACCCUUCUUGCUCAAGAGACUAACCUUUUGUGGGAAGACUGAGCUUUCUCAUUCUUUUUGCUUCCAUCCUGAUAUCAUGAACCUAGCAUGUGCAGAUAUCAAAGUCAAUGUCUUCUAUGGUAUGAUUAUUCUCUUAUCAACGGUGGGGAUGGACUUCAUCUUCAUUGUGCUGUCCUACAUCCUGAUCAUUAAAACUGUUAUCAGCCUUGCAACCAAGGAGGAGUGUCUCAAGGCUUUGAAUACAUGUGUCUCCCACAUCUGUGCUGUUCUAGUGUUCUUCAUCCCAAUGAUCGGACUGUCCAUGAUCCACCGCUUUGGAAAGAACAUUCCUCCUCUGGUCAACAGUUUGGUGGCCUACACCUACCUUAUAAUUCCCCCUGCUCUCAACCCCAUUAUCUACAGCAUAAAAUGCAGCCACAUCCGUGAGGCUUUGCUCAGGGUACUGUGGAGGAAGAGUGAAUCUAAGUGGUAGCUUCCUUUGCUAUUUCUGUUAGAAAGUACUGGUGAGACUGGCUUCUUGGUGCUCCAUCCACGUGGGUAACUGCCAGAGGAAAGAUCUGUAGAUCCACUCGGACUCUGUCCCUAUACCCAGAGCUGUGAUAUUCCAUGUUUUGUCCUAGUAUGAUGCUUUCGUCCCUUGCAGCAGCCUGCAAACACUCCAAGCAUUAAUGCCAGUGAUAUAUACAGAUGGAAACCCCAAUUAGAAGAAAACAGUUAA